UAAAACGUUGAUAUACACGGUUACUCCGCCAUUAAGGAGGUUGAUAAAACGUUGAUAGAGAAAGGCUACUCCGCCUAGGAGGAGGAUCGACGUGCCUUUGGGUACACUUAUGAGUGAUUGAGUGAAAGCGGUGUGUAAAAGUGUCACCAGUGGAAUCAGCGCACAGAGUGGAAACCUAACGGUGAUAACACAAACUCUGUGGUCUGUUGAAGUACACGUAGUGGUGAAUUAGGAAUUAGGUUCUGACCGGCACGUUGUCCAAUAGGAACACCAAGCUAGAAUCAUGGGGUCCAAUGGGAGUAAGCCUGCCGCUACAGGGGACAUGAGAUAUAUGGAAAUAUAUAGUCAUGGCAGCACCAGUUAUUGUAGCAAAUGGUAUAAACAGUACGGCUUCCGAGGAAAGUUGGAGAAAACAGCAGUAAGAGAAUUAAGCGACAAAUUGAGAGCAGCAACAGCUGGAACAACACAAGGCAAGAAAAGAAAGAAGUUAGAAGCUCAACUGCGGGUUGCAGCUUUAUGGGCUGAACAAGCCCAUAAAAGGACAGGUGGAGCAGAAGAAGGUAUGAUAGCAGCGGCUGUUUCAGUGAAAGCAGACGAGGAGACAGAGCGUUCAGGGUCAGUUGACGCUGUAUGCCGCGAGAAAGAGAGAGCGAUAGUGGAAGAACACAAAGCGCAGGAACAAAGAAUAAAAAGGAAGCAAGAGAAAGAGAGAAAAGACAGGGUAAAGGGAGAUUUCACCGGGUCCUGGCCCAAUGGAAACCCCCUGGAACCAGGUCAGCAGGACCUCAUCAAUGCACUCGCUCCCGUAAAUAUCUCAAUCGAGAGGGUUUUUGCACUGAGACGAGACUUUACUAAAGUCUCAGGGUGUAGACAGGGAGAAAAAGAGUCAGUACAAGAUUUCAGAAUCAGAAUGGAAGAUUGUUUCUGUAUCCAUAGCGGAAUUCCACCCAACAAUGCUGUUGACUCCCCAUAUGUGCAGCAGCUGAAACAAAGCCUGAUGAAUGGGUUCCACCCAGGUAUUGCUGACUUUAUCCGCAAGCAUAAUGUUAACCAUAGGACAUGCGACUUACAAGAGUGCCUAAAUUAUGCAGAACAUGCAGCAACCCAGAUCAAAGAAAAAAGACAUAAGAAAGCGUCAGCAUCAGCUUUCUUCAUAGGAGAAGAAGGGGAAGAAAAUCAGAUUUUCUUUGUGGGACCAGGACAGGGGAGAGGCGGGUUUAACAGAGGACGAGGGAAUGGUAGAGGAACAGGCAGAGGCAGAGGAGGAGGCAGAAACGCAGAAGGCAAAUUCCUCUGCUACAGGUGCGGAAAGGAGGGGCACAUGGCGAGAGACUGUGAGGAACAGAGACCACAGAACAAAGAAGGGGGACAAAAGGGACAGUACAAAGACGAAAGACAUGGCCCCCCCCCUUCACAUAACCUACAUAGUUAUGAAAACUGACUAGACGUAGAAAAGGAAGAAGAGGACGUCCACACACAUCACAUUGACCUUUCUGAAGUAUUACUGAAUCUGUCAGACAACAGUAUUAAACCUACCAGAACAAUCGAAAUCAAUGGGGAAAAAUUAGAAUUCUUAUGUGACAGCGGUGCAGACUCAUCAGUAGUGAACAAAGAGGUCCAAAGAAUGUGGCCACCAACUGGCACUAUGUUUGUAAAAUCAGCAAAUGGACACAUAAAUCAGAGGUCGAUUUCAAAGUCACUUUUUAUGGAAGAUAGAAGGUCAGGCCUCCAGGCAUCCCUCAAAUUUGUGUUCAUCUCAAACUGCCCUGUCAAUUUGCUAGGGAGAGACGGCAUGGAAAUGUUAAAAAUCAGUGUAGUACCAGUCAAAGGGGGAAUGCGAGCAGUAGGGCCCGGAGAAAAGGUGGAAGACCAGGUCUUCCUUCAAAAAUCCAUAAACAUCCCCAACUACUAUUGGUCACUAGACAUGCCACAACCUGACGUGACAAACACAGGUGAACACCUGUUAACACUAUUCACCCCACAACAUGGCCAAGAAGUAAUGAAACCUGACGCAUUGCACGUUACACUAAAGUACAAGAACACCCCUGGCCCAGACAAAGACUAUGAUGUGCUCGUGCAUCGACUGACACCACAGAGGGUAGUGUUCCACUCGAUGUAUGCAAACCAACACGGGGAUGUUGCAAUUGACGCUAGGGUCCCAUCAACCACUGCCUUGAUAAUGGAACCAGGUUCCACGCCACACAUAUCAGUAGCUAGGGGCCCAGGGACUUCAUGGAGAGACUUAGGUUUAUUAGUGGCUAGAGGUAACAGGAUAACAAAAUGGACAGAUGACAAAAACGGUUGGCAAACUGGAGGCGGGUUAAAGCGCAAAACUCUAGGGUUUACCUUAGUGAUGACACCACGCGCCCACCUAGACGACCCUGAACAACAAUGAUGGGCAGAAGAGGCCUUAGAGGUCCUGAAAACGGUGCCGCCAUGCGUAUGGUCACAAGGAAAAUGUGAUGUAGGUCGCAUGGUGAACGCAAAACCUGUACACGUUAGACCAAAAACUAACUACAGACCUAACAUAAGACAAUACCCCUUAAAAGAGGAUGCAAAAGUUGGCAUCAAACCUGUAAUUGAAGAAAUGCUAAAAGCAGGGAUCCUGCGUGAGUGCCCUGAUGCAUCAUGCAAUACCCCCAUCUUCCCAGUAAAAAAGACUGAUGGGCAGUCAUGGAGAAUGAUUCAAGACUUAAGAGCAGUAAAUGACGCUGUACAAAGCACAGCCUCAACAGUACCAGAUCCACACACGUUAAUGAACGGCCUUAAGCCAAAUAUGGCAUGGUUCUCAGUGAUAGACUUGAGCAAUGCCUUUUUCUCCAUUCCUGUAGAAAAAGACUCACAAGGAUGGUUCGGGUUCACACAUGAAGGAACAAAGUACACAUACACCAGAUUACCUCAGGGGUAUGUGGAUAGCCCAACAAUCUUUUCAUGAGAAAUAGCAAAUUGUUUGGCUACAUUACAGAUACCUGACACAUCGCAGAUUUUGGUAGAUGAUAUUCUUGUUGCGUCACCCACACAGGAAGAAAGCACAAAAGUCACACUACAAGUACUGACACAUUUGGCCAAAACAGGAAACAAGGUUUCAAGACAGAAACUUCAGUUUGUGAAAGAGGAAGUGAUCUUUUUAGGCCACAAUUUAAACCGAGAAGGGAGACGCAUACACUCUGAGAGGAAACAGACGGUGUUAAACGCACCAAAACCAACAACAACAAAACAAAUGAUGCAAUUCCUUGGGCUGACUAACUAUUGCAGAGCAUGGGUUCCAGACUACGCAGGAAUGACUCAGCCCCUACUAGAUUGCAUAUACUCAGACAAUGACAUGAAAAUGUCCGGCAAGAUAGAAUGGACACAAGAGGCAGAAGCUGCAUUUGAAAGGACUAAACAGUUUCUCGUAUAGGGUCAUCAGUGUUAGCAUUACCAGACUAUGAAAAACCAUUUGUACAAACAGUUGACUGCAAAAAAGGGUUUAUGACAUCAGUAUUGGCCCAAAAACACGGCACAAAACUAAGGCCUGUCGCUUACUACUCUAAAAGGUUAGACCCAGUAGCACAAGCAUUACCAGUAUGCGUACAAGCAGUAUGUGCUGCAGCAAUGGCGGUACAUUGUACAGCAGAAAUAGUUUUGUUCCACCCACUCACACUGAUGGUUCCACACGCAGUCACCAUGUUGUUACAUGACACCAAAAUGGCUUUCUUAUCACCUGCACGUUAUUUGGCACUGACAGCUACACUAAUGUCACAACCACACAUUGUGAUAAAAAGAUGUAAUAUCUUAAAUCCAGCCACAUUAAUACCUACAGCAGAAGAUGGAGAACCACACUGUUGUAAAGAAGAGACUGACAGAACAUGCAAACCAAGACCAGAUUUGAAAGACAUACAACUGCCUAGUGGCGAAACAUGGUUUGUGGAUGGGUCCUGUUCUAAAUCUAUAACAGGCCAAAAUCAAACAGGGUUUGCAGUUGUAUCACACACACAGGUCAUAAAAGCAGGCCGACUCCCCCACACAUAAUCUGCACAAGCAGCGGAAUUAGUAGCUCUUACAGAAGCAUGCAAAGCGGGGGUUGGAAAAGAUGUGACUAUGUGGACAGACAGCCAGUAUGCGCACUCAACAGUACAUAUAUUUGCAGCCCAAUGGGCCCGCAGGGGCAUGAAAACGUCAACAGGAAAACCAGUCACCCAUGCACAGCUGCUGACUGAUCUUUUAAAAGCGGUGUUGUUGCCGAAAAGCAUUGCUAUAUGCAAAUGUGCUGCGCACACCAGUGGGAAGGAUGCAGUAACACUUGGCAAUGCACACGCGGAUAAGGUAGCGAAGCUAGCAGCUGUGGGCGAAUAUGGGUUCCAUAUCCUCUUGCAGAAGGGGGAAAGUGUUUCACAACCGAUACUAGGGCUGUGCGAUUAUGGCAAAAAUCAUAAUCACGAUUAUUUGGGUCAAUAAUUGA